UUCCGGCUUCUUUGCUGCAGCUAGUUUCAUGUCCUAUCAACAGUGUGAGUUCAACUUUGGAGCAAAGCCUUUCAGAUAUCCGCCCUCUGCGAAAUUUAACACCUUUAACGAUUAUGCGUUCCUGACAGCGGAAGAGAAAAUCAUUUUGCCAAGACAUAGACGCCUGGCCUUGUUAAAGCAAGUGAGCAUUCGAGAAAAUUGCUGUACGCUUUGCUGCGACGAGAUAGCUGACACAGAACUCAGGCCUUGUGGACACAGCGAUCUGUGCAUGGAAUGUGCCUUGCAACUGGAAACCUGCCCUUUGUGUCGGCAAGAAAUUCAGACCCGCGUCCGACAGAUCGCUCACAUUUCAUGACACGGGGAGAAAAGUCUCUUGGGGAUUUGCCUCCGGACCAUU